AUGAAUCAGGGGGAAAAGUUUCUGAGGAAAGUUUCAAAGUUCAAAAGACUCAUGGGCAUCACAAACUUAAUUCACUAUAUUGGAAAGGCUGAACCUAAUAGCCUUCCGUCUGAAACACCCAUUGAGUUUGAUAAGAAUUACAGCAGCUGGCUUCAUCUUUUGUAUUACUACAAGGCGGCAAUUUACACUAUUGCUGAAGCUGCUGGAAAAGUGGCUGAAGCUUUUGAGAAUUCCCUUAAAUGCUGCCCAUCUUAUUGUGACUCCAAAAGGGGACUUGGGUAUAACUUAAUGAGGCUUUGCACUACAACUUUGAAAUGCGAUCAAGAUGAACCUGUACAGUUGCCACCUAAAUUUUAUGAACAAAGACCAAUUGACAGAAAAAUGUCAAAAUAUGAUUCUUGGACUACAAAAAGAUUGAGAGACACUACAGUAAAAGUGUUGCAAGAGUACCUGGUGGAGGCACCACAGUGUGUUAAAAACUACCCAAAUGCUUGUUAUAAUCUUGCAUACUGUGCUGUAGUAGACAAAAACAUGAGUGAAUUAAGUAUUAUGAACUUGGCCAAGAUGCAGAAGAACAGAGACUUUCUUUCUUUGUUAAAAUGCUUGGCAGAUGAAGAAGGGAUUCAGUUUCUGCGAAUGCGAACGGGAACAGCUGGAGAGAAUGACAGUGAGAUUCGUGAGCUGGUACGAGAGCUUGGUGGGCUUCCUUUAGCACUUGAUCAAGCUGCAGCUUACAUACGAUGUCUUCAUCAGCCCAUAAAAGAGUACGUGAAGAAAUAUAAGAAGCAGAAGCUACUUCUCCUGAAAAAGCAGAAGGCCCGGAAUCUGGUGGAAAACACCUCACGUGAACGCCUGGCUAUCCACACUACAUGGUUGCUGAAUUUUGACCACAUCAGUCAAAUCUCAAAGGAGAUGGAACUUGGAGAAAUCCCGACUCUUGUGAUGAAAGUGUCUGCCUUUCUUGGCCCCGACGAUAUUCCUUAUGAAGUGAUCAAUAAAGGCUUCAACAAAGUGGACGAUACUGAAGCCGUUAGCGAUAUGUGUGACCAAGCCGAGAUAGUGUCUCUUCUUACCAAGUUCUCCCUUUUCCAAAGAUAUGGGACACAUUCCUUUAGUGUACAUCGUCUGGUGCAAGAAGUAAUCCGAAGUGACAUGAAGAAAGAACAAGCUGAGUUAGGCGUUCUAACUAUUGCAGUUCGUGUCCUUCACCAUGCAUUAUCCAGCACACGUUCGCCGUCAGAAGUGUGCGAAAGUUUUGUUGAUGAUGCUGUUUUUAGUGUGGAGAAUCCUCCUUCGUUACAGCUGUGGGGAAAGUUGGCUUCGCAUGCCACUUAUUUGCAGGAGCAUUUGCGCACCUUCUCAACCAAACAUCAAGAAUCGGUCCCCACCCUGCUAUACACAGAAGAAACCGUGCGCAUCUUCAAUGAGACAGCGAUAUUUUUCAGUGUCUCUCAAGAGAAAGUCAAGGCUCAGGCAAUGCAAGAAAUGAAACUGCAGUUCCUAGUCAACCUCGAGAGGUCAUCCUCAGGGGAAGAUCCUAAUUUGCCACCUUAUUUCAUCGAUGUACCCCUCAAAGACAGGGAAUACAAGCUGAUAUCUUGUUGUAUGAGACAGCCUCUUCCUAGACACGACGACAUGGCUGAAGCAGAUGCCUCUCGAAAUAAGAAGGAAGAGGAAGCCGACAAGCUCAGAGAAAAAGGAAAUCUUGCAGUAGAAAGGACCAGGUUUAAAGAGGCAUUAGAUCUUUACUCCAGCGCCAUUGCUUUGUCGUCAGGCGACUAUCGACUAUUCAGCAAUAGGGCCCUUUGCCAAUUGAAGCUUGGCGAGCCACAGAAUGCUCUAGAUGACUGUCAACAGUGUCUGUCUUUGAAGCCUAACUACAGCAAGGCGCUGCAGCGAAAGGCUUGGGCUCUUCAAGAACUAGUUAAAAGUGGAUCUACUCAACUGAAAGGGCAAGCGCGAGCAGCAUUAGCAGUCGCCGUUUAUUUCGAUUCCAAUCUUCGUCGUGAAAAAACGUUUUGGGAAAAGUUUCCAGAGCUUUCAGAAGUACGCAUCAGAGAGAUAAGCAAUGAAACACAACUGAGAUUUCCUUUGACCACGCAAGAAAACGAGACCAUGCUGCUGCACGAAGGAGCGUAUAACUUUACUUUGUUUGGUACUUUCACAGAUCAGCAGAUUGUAGGUCUAGGCCCAAGGACCGUUUUGAAUUGCACAAGAGGCUGCGUAGUUGCCAACGCCAGAUGUUAUUUUGAGAAUAUCACAUUUCCCAAAGGGAAUGUUCCUUUGGUCUGUCAAGGCAAAGGAUCUAUUCACAUGAACCACUGUAGGAUUUCAGGAGGAGAGACAAGCUGUGACGACUAUCCAGAAUGCAACGGAGGAUCAGGAUGUAUAGCAGCCUCUUUAGGUAAGCCUGUUUGUGAUCGGACUGGGAAGUUUGGAGAUGCAAAAUCAAAGUCUGGCAUUGGUGGUUCUCCUGGAAUCCAGGUGUUAUGUGGGAGCUCUGCACUGAUAGAAAACUGCGUCAUUUGUGACUGUGGAGGUGGAGGCGCGCUAGUUGUUGGCAAAGGUUCUCGAUUAUUGGUCAAAAAAUGUGAAGUGUACCGAAACCACCAGGCUGGUUUAGAAGCAAGAGAAGGUGGGGAACUCAUAGCGUCCGAAAACAGGUUAUUUGACAGUGGUUUUCACGGCAUCUUGAUCGGCCCAGAUGCAGGCGAAUGUGACAUCGAUGGUAAUAAGAUCUUCGAAAAUGCAGGAGAAGGGAUUUUUGCCGUCCGAAACAAGACCAAGAUUGUCAUACGAAAAAAUGAUAUUCAUCACAACAGAUCCUUUGGUCUUUCUCUGGAUAAUAAUUCUCAACUCGUGAUCAGCGACAACAAGAUAUUUGAGAAUGGAUUCUGGGGGAUCCUCGCCAAAUCGCGAACGUCAGCUCACAUAGCAAGAAAUGUUCUUUCCGGCAACAAAUGUGGUGGCAUUUUCAUUGGUGUCAAUUUUUCCGGACGAGUUUAUCUGGAAUCAAACAUUGUUCGAGAUCAUAGUGGCCCAUGGCUCGAGUAUGAAAACCAGAAUGGUUCCCUUGAAAUAGAUUGCAGUAAAAUAAAGGAAGUCAAUGCUGCACUACGUCUUGUACCUGGAGAAAAGAAGUUUUAUUCAAAUCCUCCCUUUCUGCACGCAAACAAGGAGUUUAACAACAGAGAAGGCAUGUAUCAUCCCAGAGAAGUUUGUGCACGACCUUACAGCGGCUGCACGUAUUGCCGUCGGUCAAGAAAUGACGUAGAACCCCUCAUGAUGUGCUCCAAUUGUCACAUUGCAUCUUACUGCAGCAAGGAAUGUCGAAGUAAACACAGACCCACACACAAGACAUUAUGUUUUGCCCUCAAGGGUCGCUAUUCUGUAACAGUCGACACUAUUCCUCAUUUGAAACCAAACGGGCAACAAUGCGCAAUGCGAAUAUUUGGCACUCAUUUAAAAGGUAUUGGAGAGGGGCCCAAACUCAAACGCAACACUCGUCAGAAAUUCAUCAUAAAGGUUCAAACACAAUCUCUGAAUAGCCAUCCACUGCAGUCGAUGAUUGCUUAUGACAAAAGCCUCACCAUAGAUUGUGACAUUAAAAGUCCAGAAAUCUUCAACGUAAUAAUGGAAUGUGGUGUCCUUGGAGCUUUAAACAAAUUCACAAGUAAGAAAGCCUUUUUCUGGGCCAUGUUUGCUGAGCAAGAGAAGCUGACAGUUUUCCUUGACCACUUAGCUCCUUAUCAAGAGUGGUAAAGCCCCUACUUAGGAAAUUCAAAGAGUAAUCAGCUUUCAAAGUGUAAUCAACACAACAAGUGUCUGCACGCUGACUGGCCGAGUGUGUGCCAAUUUAUCACUGAAGACUUCCGAAUACUGACGUUUGCCAGGGAAUAAUCGUUGGUGCCCUUUCCGUCCUGAAUGGCCCAGUUCAAUCCAUGGCCAGAGUCACUGGGUUGUGUUUUUUAGUCUCCAACAAGGAGUAUAAACGGCACGCAAUGCAUGCAGAAGCGAUGACAUUCAACUGCCAUUUCUAAAAUUCUGUCUAGAAAAUUGGAAAAGAAACAAACAAACGGAUGCUCAAACGUAAGGCAUGUGUCGCGCUGCGGACUUGUUUUGUUUUUGUUACACAAGUUUGUCGGAGCAUUUACCCCCAGAGGGUUACUGGGGACGCACGUUUGCGACAUAAAAGAUAUACGAUACCAUUCUGAUAAUAACUAUUAUAUCAUCGGCCCAAAGCUGAAAAGCACUUUCUCAUCGUUACAGCAUCAUUGCUCCCUGUGGCUUGACUUUUUCUUUUUAGACGUUUUCUCUCCCGAGAAUGUUUCUGUUGUGAAACAGAAGGCUGCUCUAGACUCGGAGGUAACGACGAAGCUGCUUGUAGCUGUGCGUUUUGCUGUUGAAAGCAAAUCGGCUGCGAGUCAUUUCCACUGUGCUAUGAAAACUGAAAGCGUUGAAAUUCGCGCGGAUUAAAGUGGUUCGCCAUACUGAAAAUGUAGAAGCCCACAAAGAUGUCAAAUACAGGAAACGUUAUGGGCGUGCAAUCAGACGUCCCAAGGGACUGUAGAACAUUUCAAUUAUAUGCGAGUGGGUGUGGGUGUGAGUGCUUGUUGCGUGUGUGUUUUUCUGUUGCUUGAAGAGUCGGAUUACAAGUCUCGAUGUAAUACUACCGGAUUGAAUUGCUAUGUCGAAUUCUGCGAGUGUUCGUCGUUUUACUGGGCCCGUACAGAAGAAUUGCAACUGUUAACGUUUUGUGACAAUUGGGAAAAUGUUGAAGCAAGAGUUCUGUGCACAAGGCGUGCUUGUGUUUUGAAAUCUAAUUGGAUUGACAUUGCAACAAAAGAAAAAGAAUGUUUUUUCAAGGCCAUUAGGCAGGAUACUGACCUGCUUCGAUUAUAGGGUUCUUUGAUCUUAAAAUGUCGCCGACAUAGUUAUGCGACAUCAGGGUCGCACAUAUCGCGAGCAUCUUAUCAGUUUAAAAUAACAAAAAGUCCUCUCCUGCUAAAUUACUAAUGUGAGAAUACAUAACAUUACCUUGCAUCAAUAUUUCAUUUAGCUUUUCUCUACACCAAGAUGCAAUACAACAAUCAUUGAAAACAACUCCGGUCAGUCUCCAGCUACACUUUGUUUACUGGCACUCAUUCCAAACAGUGAAACGUCACCUUGAUGAUAGUCAGCCGUGACAGUUUUAGAACAAUCCACACGGUAACAACGCCCAGGAUUCAUUUCCACAUCAUUAGCUAGUCGAAUCAACAAAGGAAUGUAAAAACGAUACACACUCAUUUGAGUGAAACAAAACCUUGCAUACUAACUCAUUUGCCACGAGCGGAUUACUUUUUUAAAGUUGGAAGAUAUAUCGCCUCCAGGUAAAACUUAAACAAUAGCAUAGACGAGAACUUUCCUCUUGCACAACUUAAGUAUUCUUUGGCAUUCAAAUGAAUGUUGUGUAACCCUACCGCCGCUCUGUGUUGCAUUAAAGAAACCAUGAUCUAAGCAACAAACCAAUUCAGAUCAAGACAAAACCUUCAGGUAGCUCACCUUUUCGUUACACUGUUCUCCGUUGCUUUCUGCCAUCUCAACUGGUUUCACAGCCAACUGGUUUCAAUGCUCUUCUUCAAUUCAAGUCCAAUUUCACCAAAUAUUUCAGUCCACAGAUAAGUUUAGUUCAGAUAUUUCAGUGCUCAUACAAUGCUCAUACAAUGCUCAUACAGUGCUGUGACAGACGGUGUUCAUUCAAUUCAAUUCAAGACAGGCAAAGACCCGGCCUAAACAACGCUCACCAAUACGUAAAUUUAAUAUGGACCCUUGACCUAUCAAGUGUGCGACUUGCUUGUCGAUCUAAAGUUGUAAUAAAUGGACGAUAUGUUCUUAUUAUGAGUUUGUCCGUGAGCGCAAAUUUAUCCGAUACUCGAUAAAGCACGAUCCACACUCAAAAUCUUCGCUUAAAAGCUGAAAAAAAAGGCACUCCGCGGAUCCUACAAGUUCCAAAGGUCGGCCGCAAAAACCAAAGAUGGCGAAUUUUUGGUGUUUAUUAUGCUCCCAGAGUGCAUUUCGCUUCCACAGGGGGGUAAAUCAUGCGUGACAUAAGCGGAGCCCGAAAAAAGUGCGAAGUCACUAAUCCAAAAAAAUGCUGCUCGCCAGUUAGAACCGAUGACGAUGACGUCAUCGCUUAAUAAAUGGUGACCAGGCGAAAGUGUUGGGUAAUAGCCGACAAUGGACAAUUGUACUAUGUAACAUUUCAAACUGGACAAAGUGUUUUAAUUUCAGUUAGUCAGUCGAUCAUACAAAACUUUAUUUAGUAUCACUUUAUAACUUUUAAGACCUUGAUGUGCACUUCUUUGCCGGUUUAGUAUUCUAUGGCAUUCUUUCUUUCCAUUUCAAACUCCAAAAACUAAUAUUCCGAAAGCAAGAGGGAAUAAAUACUCAUGAAAUACUCGCAAUAUGCCAUUUUGAAAUCGCACCUAAAAAAAUGCGAGGCGUUCGACCAAGCUCAAACGCGUCUUCAGGAUGAUACCGAGUACUAAAAAACUCUACUUUAUUUAUUUCAUCUGGCAUCAAAAAAAAGAUACAAAGAUAUUACAAUUAUAAGUAUGCAAAACAAAUACAGAAAAAAAAAAUGGCGAGGGAACCAAAUAAAAACCACAGGGCUUGUAAACUUAGGUUUCCUCCCUAAAAAUACAAGAUGACUAAAACUAUACAUUAUAGUGAAUGACGUAUUGGCAAGCCAUAUUUGUACGCUUAAAAGAAUUAGUAAUUGCUGAUGAUAGAUGUUUUAUGUUUUUUCCUGAAGGAUCCAAGAGAUGAAGAGCCAGUGAUCUCAAGGGAAAGAGAGUUAAAAUAUUUUUGACCGCGAUAGAAAACAGCUGUACAGCUGUAACAAACAUUUUUGUUAUCUUUGACGUACCGCACAAUCUCAGCAUCCUAAUGUUUAUAAACAUUGUAAAUCUCGCUCGAUGGAAUGUGAAUCGAUGUUAUUCGUUACGAACCACAUACCUUAUCUUUGAGGCCUUUCAAAUUCUUUUUCCAAAAGCUUCAUUGAUUUUUACAGCUGCGAAGUUGUUUCAUCAAGUGAUAUGAGAAAGAACGAGGCAUAAAACUUCAACCGCGCGCUUUGCACCCAUGAUGGCGGUUGUUUUGAAACUUUGAAUUUACUUUGGUUGCGAAAUGUUUACA